AUCGAGACACUGUAAAUUAUCUUUUUUGUAUUCUUUGUUAGGAAAAACAAGUAAAUUUUUCCAUUCAUUUCGCUGUAAAUUUGCCAAAAUCGCCAUAAAAAGACGUCCCUCUCCUUUCCAAUUUACCCCCAAGUCUUUAACAAUUAAUUGUGACGAAACACAAAUAAAACAAGUUUGUGGCAAAAUGUCGAAUUGGCAAAAUGUCUAGUUGGCAAAAUGUCUAGUUGGUAAAGUGUCAAAAAUCAAAUUUUGUAUACUUUAAUUUAGAUUAAAUUAAAAUGGGUACAAGAGAAAGACGAUCAGGAUUGUUUGGACAUGCAAAAUAUUCAGACACAAUUAUUCGGAAUAUUCCAGAAUCUGUUCGGAAAGCUGUUAGGGAAGAUAUUGCUGCAAUUGUUGAUCCUUUAUUGGCAAAUACUAGAGCUAUUCCUGGAAGGAAACGUUCCCAUCGCGAUUUGACUAAUGGGGAGAAGGCGCAGCCUCAUCAAAAUGAGGCUCAAAACUAUCAAAAGUUGAGAGAAGAUAUUGUUGCUGUGAUAGAUCCGAUGAUGGCAAAUAAUACUCUUUCAACUCCUACAAUGAAAAGGCCGCACUUGGAGAAUGGAAAUAAUUUCAAUCAACAGCAAAAUCACAACUUUGCCAACACCAAAAAUUUAAAUCUCAAAAAAAUUGCCGCAAAAAUUCAAGACUCUCAUCCUACAAUAACUCUUCGUUCGGAUGAGCCUAGAACACUUUCUGAUGCAACUUUUUCUCUUGUUAAGAAUGCGCUGUCGAGUCCAUUUCGUACACUUUCUGAUCAAACAAUGCAUUUGGGAGAGACAAAAAAUGAGGACAAGGACAAAACUUUGCAAGAUAGUUUUCAAUAUUUGGAGGAAUCGCCGACAGCAGAUAUGGAGGUUUUCUUUGGAUUAUUAGGAGGGUCUUGA